AUACUCUUCAAGACAGUCUGGCCAGGUUGUUCAUGGCUGGUGCAAACGAGGUUUUUGGUAACCUAUUUACUGUCUCACGUUGUCUUUUUAGGGUCAAAGGGAGAGAGGUAGAGUUACUACCCGACCAAAAGGACUACGGCAUUUCCAGAUUGCGACGGGGCACGUGCCCACGUAGCUCUCUAGAACGUGUCCUGGGCUCCAAGCUUGUCACACGGGUCCGCGCUCGCGUCGCGGGGUUCGCAGAGAGACGAACGCUUGGACUCGGAUCUUCGGGGACCCUCUCGGCGCCGCGGUUUUGGGAGCUUCCCGUUGAACUACCGGGAGGGCAAGGAAAGUGUUCGUGGCAGCUGUCGCCAGGCCUCAACCGGAUCUCCAUCCUCCGAAGGUGUCUACGCUGUGCCCCGACCUCCAACCGGGACACCCCUAGCGCCCCGCAGAGGCAAUACCAAAGCCCUGUUCCAGCCUAGACUCAAAUUAGUGAAUGAGGAACCGGUCCCCCGACUCUCAGAACAAUUAAGCGCGGUGCAGAAUUCCACCAGGCACCUGGCCGCGCCCCUUGGAGGGGCGGGGUCCGGUGCCCAGAAGAUGGCGGCAGCGGCGGGGUCCCACGGUCACUCCCACUGGCGCCCUUGAUGGGCUCUCGCUGCCGCACCACCUACCUUGAUAGCCAGGAGCGAGGAGGCGGAGGAGCGGUGACAAGCAGUUGGCGGCGCCAAUCAGCACUGAGGAAUCCGGGCCGUACCCAAUGAGGGCCCGGACGGUGGAGACCGGGGUAGGUUGCAAGGGGGCCAGCGCGAGUGGCGGACGCGGAACGCGUGGGUACUCUUCUGCUGCUGGGCGGGAGCCGCCCGCCUCGCUGCUUUCCGCGCGCUCUGCACCGUGGCCCCUGGCGCCGGCUUGAGGGCGCCCUGGAGGCAGAGGGUCGACAGGGCUGGCCGGCCACCGGCCCGCGAGAUUGGCAGCCCAAGCCCAGAGCACCUCCAGCAGCGGUCGCGGGGCCACUCUACGGCUGUGUCAUGACUGACUCUUCCCCCAGAGGGAACUCUUUCUCAGCGGCGGCUGCAGAGAGAAGGGCCUGUUAGACCGUGAGACGAGUUCGGGGCCGCCAAACAGGGGGCUCGGAGGUCGCGUGCGCCCUCCCGGGCUCGUUGCUGUAGCCCCGUUAGGCAGGCCUCUCCCGCCUCGCGCGGCGGUAUGUUCCCGCGGAGGUCGCCGGCCGUCCUGGCGGCCUGGCUGGCUGGCGCGGCGGCGGCGGGGGCGCGGGGCGGGGGCCUGCUCGCCCUGUUGGCCAAUCAGUGCCGCUUCGUAACGGGCCUGCGCGUACGGCGCGCGCAGCAGAUCGCGCUGCUGUACGGCCGCCUGUACUCGGAGAGCUCGCGCCGCGUCCUCCUCGGCCGCCUGUGGCGCCGGCUUCGCGGCCGCCCUGGCCAUGUCUCGGCCGUGAUGGCGGCGCUCGCCGGCGUCUUCGUGUGGGACGAGGAGAGAAUCCAGGAGGAGGAGUUGCAGAGGUGAGC